AGCUUCUUCUCCAACAAAAGCUGCAAAUUCGAUUAGCCAUCAUGAAACUGUUCGUAGCCAUCGCUUUUGCCCUGCUGGCCCUUGCUGCCGCUCAGGAACAGUACACCACCAAAUACGACGGUAUCGAUCUGGAUGAGAUCCUGAAGUCAGAUCGGCUUUUCAACAACUACUUCAAGUGCCUCAUGGAUGAGGGCCGCUGCACCCCCGACGGUAACGAGCUGAAGAAGAUCCUGCCGGAAGCCCUGCAGACGAACUGCGCCAAGUGCAGCGAAAAACAGCGCAGUGGUGCCAUCAAGGUGAUCAACUAUGUCAUCGACAACCGCAAGGAGCAGUGGGAUGCUCUCCAGAAGAAGUACGACCCGGAGAACCUGUACAUCGAGAAGUACCGCGAGGAGGCGAAGAAGGAGGGCAUCAACCUGGAAUAAGCCCUGUGCGAACGAGUACGGGAGCCGUACCUCUUGUGAUAUUUUUGGUUGGCGAUAUUUUGAAUAAAUGUGAUAUAAUUUCGGC